UUGCUCAUCUCCCUCCCUCCCCCAUCUUACACUCCAUCAAUCCCCUCCCCUCCCCACAUACUUCACCUUCAGCCUGCUGACUGACGCCUGUGCUGCUUCGGCUCUCAGGUGUCUGCCGCGAGCCGCGAGCAUUACCCGUGGCGACGCUGAAACUCGCUUGAUUCAAGUGGCUCUGCCGAUAAUCCAGAUCUUUAACAUCGCGUUGUUUUAGUAAUCAUGGCAGGCGCUCUUCGCGCUGCCAGCAGCUUCCUCGGGCUCGGGAUCUCGCAUCCGAAGCUCGCGGUGAAGGUUCCAUCUAGUCUCCGCCGUUCUUCUGCAACGGGUCGGAGAAUUAACACCGACAGAGAUGGAUUUUCGCGUAAGAGCCGCGGCGCUCAGGUUCGAGCUCGCGCGGACGGCGAGAUUUCGUUGUUGUUAGAUUUCAGCAAGGUCUUCUCGCGAACCCCCAGCUCCCGGCGAGCCCGAUGUGUCAGUGGACAACGAGAGCAGCGAUCAGUACACUAUCAUCACCGUCAGCGCGCCCAACCGGCCGGGGCUGCUUCAGCUUCUGACGCUGACGUUUCGCGAUCUCGGUCUGGACGUCGGGAAGGCAGUCGUCGACCUCGACGAUGACGGUAACGUCGCCGACGCGUUUCACGUCACUGCCAUGGACGGAAAAAAAGUCACCAACAAACGCGAUCUGGAAAACAUUCGCAAGUGCGUGGUGCGAGCGAUGGUUCUAGAUGCCAAGGGAGCGACGGGCCGAAAGAUUCGUCCGUCCGGCCGGCGAGACUCAUCCGACCGGUUGCGCCGUUGGACCCGUCUGCUUCGCCGGAGAUGAAACGGCGUACGGAGCUGCUGCACAACCUGAUGGACACGUACAUCAAGAACGACGUGCUGUCCAUCCAGAGGAGCAUCGUGGACCACGUGGAGUACACCAUGGCGCGCAGCCGAUACAAGUUCGACGACUUCGAGGCGUACCAGGCGACGGCAUACAGCGUGCGGGACCGGCUGAUCGAGAGCUGGAACGACACGCAGCAGUACUUCAAGGACCAGGACUCCAAGCGCGUCUACUACCUCUCCAUGGAGUUCCUCAUGGGCCGCUCGCUGCUGAACAGCAUAUUCAAUCUGGGCAUGAAGGACCAGUACGUGGAGGCGCUGGGGCAGCUGGGGUACAAGCUCGAGGUCCUGGCGGAGCAGGAGAGGGAUGCUGCUCUCGGCAACGGUGGCCUCGGCCGUCUGGCAGCAUGCGUUCUCGACAGCAUGGCCACUCUCAACUAUCCUGGAUGGGGCUACGGCAUCCGCUACCAGUACGGCAUGUUUCGCCAGACCCUGCAGGACGGCUUUCAGCACGAGCAACCGGACUACUGGCUGACCUUUGGCAACCCGUGGGAGAUCGAGCGCGUGUUUGUGACGUACCCCGUGCGCUUCUACGGCAGCGUCGAGUCGUACACUGAGGGCGGCCACCCCCGCAAGAGAUGGGUGGAGGGAGAAACGGUGGAGGCGGUGGCGUACGACAAUCCCAUCCCCGGCUACCACACCAACAACACCAUCAACCUUCGCCUCUGGGGUGCAAAGCCCAGCGGCGAGUUUGACCUGCAAAGCUUCAACACGGGCGACUACGUGAACGCGAUUCUGAGCAAGCAGAAGGCGGAGGCGAUCAGCAGCGUGCUGUACCCCGACGACCGCACGUACCAGGGCAAGGAGCUGCGCCUCAAGCAGCAGCACUUCUUCGUCUCCGCCACUAUGCAGGAUGUCGUCAGGCGCUACAAAGAAGAGCACUCGUCGUUUGACCAGUUCAAGGACAAGGUGGCCCUGCAGCUGAACGACACUCCACCCCGUGCUGGCGCUGGUGGAGCUGAUGCGCCUGCUGGUGGAUGAGGAGGGGCUGGAGUGGGGGUACGCGUGGAACAUCACCACGCACACCUUCUCCUACACCAACCACACCGUGCUGCCAGAGGCGCUAGAGAAAUGGCCCCGUUGAGAUUCUUGAGACGUUGCUGCCCCGCCAUCUGGAGAUCAUGUACGACAUCAACCACAACUUCAUCGGUGGACCUGAAGAAGCGCAUUGGCAACGACUACGACCGCCUCUCCCGCAUGUCCAUCAUCGAGGAGGGCGCUCACAAGAGCAUCCGCAUGGCAACGCUGGCAGUGGUGACGUGCCACACCAUCAACGGCGUGUCCCAGAUCCACACCGACCUCAUCCAGAACACGCUCUUCAAGAACAAGGCGCGUCUGGCAGCAUACAUCGAAGGGAUAUCAGGGGUCAAGGUGAGCAUCGACGCCAUGUUCGAUGUGCAAGUGAAGCGCAUCCACGAGUACAAGCGCCAACUUCUCAACGUCAUGGGCAUCAUCCACCGCUACGACUGCAUCAAG